AUGCCCAGCUCCAGCUCGUCGCCGAAUCCGGCAGCCACGAGCCCCGUGGUCCAGGUGAUGCUGGCGUUUGAAUCGGCCUCCCGCAUGCUGCCCACCAAACACACCCACCUGGAUAUCAACGACAAGGACGACAUCGAGGGAGGAGGCAUUGCCACGGACGAAGAGUCCCACCCCACUCCUGCUACUGACUUGUUGCUUCUGCUGAACCACGACCACAUCGAUAGCGACUCUGUCCGGAGCCACAAUGUCCCAUCUGUUGGGAGAGCGCUGCUGCAACAGAGCGCCCGUGUGGCUGCGGAGCUGCGUUCGCUGAGUGAAGACAGGCGCCCGGCUGACGAAAGUGGUGACGACAAUGACAUCGACGAUGAGACAUUUGCCAACGAUUCGACUCCUUCUGCUUUGCCACGGAUGCCUGGAACCUACGACUUCAAUGGCCUCAAGGGGAGCUCCAGCAAGGUGUCUUUGGCCGGUGAAGAAGAAGUUCAGAAUGAAGAGAAGUCGGCGAAUGUUGAUAACCUUCUGCCACCUCCACGACAUGCCUCGAAACCGUCUUUGGGCAGUCCCGUAUUGCUAGACCAAGAGGCUGAUCCAAGGACUCCGGUGCUCAAUGGCCCGGACAAGGCCACUGGUGAUGCUGCUUCAGAGCCCCAGGGUUCCUCUGUCGGGCUAGGCAUCUCUACAGAAAAUACUCCCUAUGCUCCGAAUGUUGGUCAAGGUGAUGAGAUCGAUGAAAUUCCCGCUCGUGGUGACCUCAUAGACAACGAGCACCACACGUUCACUGAGAAUGUCAGUCUUUCCAAGAGUCCUUACUUGGGAACACCCGAAAUUGAGCAAUAUAAGCCUCAGCUCGAUCCUGGAAAGCCCCGAGCUGACUUGGAUAUCGACGAGAUAUUAAAGCAGCGAACACUACGCGACUCCUCCAACGCUGAGUCCACCAGCCAGUCUUCAACUGAAAAUAGAUACCAGGAUUCGCUGAGUAGAGACUUUGGCGCUCUCAAAGACGAUGGCAUUGAGAAUGUUGAUGACGACGAUGACAAGAAUGAUAUGAUGAAUAUGAGCCAUUCAACAACGCUAGACGAGCCGCUCGCUGGCCUUUCCAUCGAUGAUCCUUCCCAGAGGUCUGUGUCAAACCUGACAGUCAUUAGAAGCCCUCCGCCUCCUCCUACUCAAAAUUCACAGGCUUAUAAUGCCACGCCAGCUAUACUGGGUGAAAGCCAGGGCAGUCAGACGCCUGGAAGCCAGGCAACUAUCAUUAACCGAACUCCUCAGCUGAGCACAACUCUGCGGUACCCAGCCUCGGGGUUUCUGAAACUGCCUCGAGAUCUUGACGUUGGGAUGAUCUACUCCAACGUCAAGCUUUCAACUCCGCUGCAAAACGGGAAAAAGAGAAGCAGUGGUAGCAGAGUGAAAGGAGUGUUUAGCUCAAUGUUCGGUAAGUCGAAACUGAAUACCCCUUCGUCCCCUGAGUUGAGCAUGAAAAUCAGUACGCCGUUCAAUCCUCAACAUACUCAACACGUGUCCGAGGCUCCUGAUGGCACUUUGGCUGGUUUGCCAGCAGAGUGGGAGAGGCUUCUCCUGUUCCAGGGUAUUUCGAAGAAGGAGCAGGAGCAGCACCCUCGCACAAUGAGGGAUAUCAUGGGAUUCUUUAUGGAAGAGAAGAUUGGUGAGAAGAAAGGACCCAUGACGAGUUCAAAUGGCGGAAUGGAAAGUCCCUCGCUUGCAUACGCUAAUGAAAGUACAUCCUCGUUGGCGCAAUCCUCUCCUCCUUCUACUCCCACGGCGAGCACGAGCCUGUCUGAGCAUCUCAACUCUACUGGCCACCCAAGUGUUUCGACUCCCCAAGAUCAGUACUCAGUAAAUCAAAAGCAUAGAACGCCAACUAGCUCGCAAGCUGAAGGUCAAUUCAUUCCAAGCCGUCCAGCUCCAAAGCCGCCAUCAACUCCAUCCGCCUAUAAUCCAACCCCAUCAACAGCUGAGACUCCUCGUUCUAAAAAGCCGUUGAUGGGUCGUCGCUCAUUCUCAAGUAAAUCACUUAAAAAAGGCUCCCAAAAAUCAGAUGCUGCACCACCUUCACUACCGAGCAUCAGCGGGCCAAUUCGUGCCGCACCUCAACCACCCAACCAAAUUCCAAAAUCGAAAUCUCAUAGUUACUCGUUGGCGUCUCAAACUCAACUGAGUACGAAGGGCUCCACCACAGCGCCAGUUGUUCCAACAUCUAGGUUCCACGAUAUCAACACUGCUGCCGAGAGGGAGUACAAGGCUCACAGAGCACCUCCUCCACCUCCAGUGCACAAGACACCCGCUCAAGCUCUAGAGCAUAUAACGUCGGAUAAUGCAACUUACGAACGCAACAAGGCUCAUGAACCCAAGAAAGCCCUGGUUUCUACUGAACUGACUCAAACCUCUUCUUCGCACCAUCAGCAACCAAUGCGUGAUGCUAAGAAGGCAGCGUUGUUGACUCAAAAGAGACGAGAGGAGAAGAAGCGCAAGAAUCAACAAAUUAUCUCGAAGUUGCAAAGUAUAUGUACAGAGGGGAAUCCCAAUGAUUACUACAAAGACCUCAAGAAGAUUGGUCAGGGUGCUUCGGGUGGUGUCUAUAUUGCUAGGUCUGUGGCUGGCCCAUCAGGCAAGAUUGUUGCCAUCAAGCAAAUGAAUCUUGAGCAACAGCCCAAAAAAGAGCUCAUCAUCAAUGAAAUCUUGGUCAUGAAGAGCAGCAGGCAUGAUAAUAUCGUCAACUACAUUGAUUCAUUCUUGAUCAAGGGUGAACUCUGGGUCGUUAUGGAGUACAUGGAAGGUGGAUCAUUGACAGAGAUUGUCACCCAUAGUGUCAUGACAGAGGGCCAAAUUGGUGCAGUUUGCAGAGAAACUCUCAAAGGAUUGCAAUUCUUGCAUAGCAAGGGCGUCAUUCAUAGAGACAUCAAAUCUGAUAACAUCUUGCUCAAUGUUGAUGGCAACAUCAAGAUGACUGACUUUGGUUUCUGUGCUCAAAUCAACGAGCUUAAUCUUAAACGUACCACAAUGGUAGGUACGCCCUACUGGAUGGCUCCGGAAGUCGUGUCCAGAAAAGAGUACGGACCCAAAGUGGAUGUCUGGUCUUUGGGUAUCAUGGUGAUCGAGAUGAUUGAAGGUGAACCACCGUACUUGAAUGAGACUCCUUUGAGAGCAUUGUACUUGAUUGCUACAAACGGCACUCCAAAAUUGAAGGAGCCUGAAGUGUUAAGUUACGACAUUCGCAAAUUCUUGUCCCGGUGUUUAAAAGUGGACUUCAACCAAAGAGCGACCGCAGAAGAAUUGUUGCAAGAUAAGUUUAUCCUCAGCAGUGAUGACGUCUCUUCGCUUGCACCUUUGGUCAAAAUAGCUCGGAUGAAGAAAGCGAGUGAGGCGAACGAUGAUUGA